AUGAUCCCAAAGGUGAUCCAAGGGAUCCUGGGUGAUCCCAAAUCUCCUCCAGGACGAUCCCAAAGCUCCGGGAGGAUCCCAAAGGUGAUCCAAGGAAUCCAGGAGGAUCCCAAAGCUGCCCCAGGGGGUUCCAGGGUGACCCAGGUGAGCUCAGGUGACCCAGGUGACCCAGGUGAGGGCCAGGUGACCCAGGUGACCCCGCUGACCUCUCCCCUGCCCCGCAGGGAGCUCCAGCUCCGUUUCGGGGUGUCGGAGCCGCCGGCCGUGGUGGUGCUGGGCCCCGGCGGCUCCGUCCUGGCGGGAAACGCCGUGCCCGAGAUCGGCCAGGCCGGAGCCGCCUGCUUCCAGCGCUGGCGGGAAGCGGCCGAGCUGCUGGACAGGAACUUCCAGGAGCCCCAGGAGGCCGAAGGCUCCGUCCGGCGCAGCCUGACAGAGCCCCUGAGGAGACUCAAAUACCGGCUGAGGGAGCGGCAGGAGGAGGAGGAGGAGGAGGGAAAGGAGGAAGAGGAAGGGGAGUAGAGGAUCGGAUGGGAAAUGCCGGGAAAAGGGAGGAGGAGGAGGA